AGAGGGAGCGACCGCCCCCCAAACCCACGGGAACCUGUUUUCCUUCCAUGGACCUUCUGUGAAAGGCCCGUCCCCUGACCAUUGGCAGUUACCCCGAAUCCCCGAAUUUUUCUGGCAAGGGGGUCAUCAAGGCGACAUUCAGGACUGGAGUGGCGGGGCGCUGAUGGUUCCUGCCCCGUGUUCUAGGUGAGGACGAGCAGACUCAGGCGUGGAUAAGGUCGCGCCGCUGUGGCUGCGGUGCCGCCGGGAUUUGAACCCGGGCGGAUCCCAACUCAGACCUUCGAGGCCUUGUGGAGCCAAGAUGACCCACUCUUUGGUUUGUCCAGAGACGCUGAGCAGGGUGAGUUCGGUGCUGAAUCGCAACACGCGGCAGUUUGGAAAGAAGCACCUGUUCGACCAGGACGAGGAGACAUGCUGGAACUCGGACCAGGGCCCCUCCCAGUGGGUGAUACUGGAGUUUCCCCAGCGAGUCCGUGUCUCCCAGCUGCAGAUCCAGUUCCAGGGGGGCUUCUCCAGUCGCCGGGGCUGCCUGGAAGGUUCCCAAGGGAGUGAGGCUCUCAGCAAGAUUGUGGACUUCUACCCGGAGGACAACAACUCACUUCAGAUAUCCUGCCCCAGCCUCUGGGGUGGGGUGGUCUGUGCCUCUGAAAGCUGUGGGCCCUGGCAUAUCACCUUGAGCAAGUGGCCUCUAGGUUUCCACUGCUUCAUCUGUAAAAUGCGCUGAUGAUAACCUGUUCUGUGUGAGAGCCUCAGAGGGGCCCACACCAUGCUGGGCCGGCCAGCACAUUGGUAGUGUCUGGACUGGGACUGGGUGAGGGCUGGUAGGUAGGAAACGACAAGCCACCUGUUUCCCUUGACUGCCCGCGCUCACACCUUCCCUGUGCCGGCUGCUGAGGUGGACCGGCUGAAGGUGACGUUUGAGAAUGCUACUGACUUUUUUGGCCGUGUGGUCAUCUACCACCUGCGGGUACUGGGGGAGAAGGUAUGAGCCCACUGGGCCACCACCUCCUCCAGGAAGCCCUUGGGGAAGCACAGCAAAGCCCUUCAAGUUCUGCACAGAAGGUUUAUUGGCUCCUCUUGGGGAGGGCCCCCUCCCACCGUCUGUCCAGGAGCUGCCUUUGAAGCCAGUUCUGGGUUCCCCCAGCUCUGGGUCGACCGUUUUGUUCCCUGAGUGUCUGAGUCCCCUGCAGGCGGCCCUCACUCGGGAUCGGCGGGCACCAGGUUGCUCUGGAAGAGUUUAAGGAUGUGGUUCUCGAUCGCCUGCUGCACUGGAAACAGGACAAGAAGGUGGGCCAGGGACUGACUGGGGGCUGUGGAGGCAUAGGCUGACCUGGACCCUCCCCUGGGGGGUGAACUGGGGCCUCCCAGCCUUGGGACCUGGAUGGAGGACUCACUUCACACACGAGGAAAUCCACGCCCCUCCCAGAGCACAGCUGGGAAGACGGAGGCCCCCAGCCCAGGAACCUCAACUUCCCCUAAGUUUAUAAAAAACGCGUUUUUGGAGGUUUUUCAGAGGCAUAAAAAUAUUCCUUACCAAACACAA